AUGUAUUACAGAGCAGCAACCCACAUACAGAACUCGAGAAGCCACGGCCUGGAAACUGUACCUGGACACCAAAGACGAGAGAGAGGAGCUGGUGGGCAAACCCCAGAGUCCCCAGGGUGCCACUCCCCAGCUCCACCAGAGAACUUUGAGAAUGAGCUGCUGCCGAGUGCCCCUCUCCAGGGCCUCAGUGAGGGUCUCUCCCCUCCAGGGAGGAGCAAACCCUUGCCAGCUGGGGUCCUGUGAGAGGGGGCAGUUCAAUUCCUCCACAGAGGACUCUGCAACUCCGAUCUUUGGAGUGAAGCAUCUGCGAGGCCCGCAGGGACCCAGGAUGAACUGCAUAGCAGCUGAAGGAAGACAGGCCAGACCAGGCGGGAGGGAGCCAGGAAACAUCUGGUUUGUAGUUUCAGACUCUACCCAUUCACAGUUCACACAGUCUCCCCAGGAAACUCACACCUUGCCCUGUACCAAGUUUUUAAGGCAGUUAAGCUCUGCCCAUCUGAGACUUCAUUUUUCUUGAGUAGAAAAUCACCGAAGUCAUCAGAUCCAUGGCACCCACCCUCACUUUCUCCUAACAGCUGGAACUGUCAGGCUGGCUUCAGGGCCUGGUCUUCACACUUGAUAUCACUAUCCCUCACCUGCUCAGACAGCCGGAGCAGGCGGGUGAGUUCCUCCCAACAACCCCAUUCUCUCAGCUCCCACCGCAGGGCACCCCACGUGCCUGAGUUAACAUGUGUGCAUGGGCACACACACAAGUAUGCACAGACAUACACUAAACACGAACAUAUAGUGAACAUGAACACGAACAUGAACGCUGCUCCAAGCUAG